CCACGUCCCCGCAGGCGGCUGCCAUGCCCAGCUCGGCGCUGUGGGCAGUGGACCUGUUCGGCCGGGUUCACACGCUGUCCACGGCAGGGCAGCACUGGGAACCCUGCCGCAAUGGCCAGCUGGAGUUCAAGCGGGUCAGCGCAGCCACGCAGUGCUGCUGGGGCAUCGCCUGUGACAACCAGGUGUACGUGUGUGUGCGUGCCAGCGACGUCCCUAUCCGCCACCAGGAGGAAGCCUAUGAGAACCAGCGCUGGAACCCUGUGGGCGGCUUCUGCGAGAAGCUGCUGCCCAGCGACCGCUGGCCGUGGAGCGACGUGAGUGGGCUCCAGCACCGGCCGCUUAGUGGGGUGGCGCUGCCCUCGCCCCACUGGGAGUGGGAGUCCGACUGGUACGUGGAUGAGAAUUUUGGAGGGGAGCCCACCGAGAAAGGGGGCUGGACCUAUGCCAUCGACUUCCCCGCCACCUACACGAGAGACCAGAAGUGGAAUUCUUGUGUCCGGAGGCGCAGGUGGAUCCGCUACCGGAGAUACAAGUCCUGCGACGCCUGGGCCAAGAUCCCCUCCCAGGAGGACCCCAAGCAGCUGCCGGACCCCUUCAACGACAUCUCCGUGGGUGGCUGGGAGGUCUCUGACGAGCCCUUGGGCCGCCUGUCUGUGUGGGCUGUGUCUCUGCAGGGCAAGGUGUGGUACCGCGAGGAUGUCAGCCACCCCAGCCCCGAAGGCUCGGCAUGGUGCCCGGUGGACACCCCGGGGGAGGUGGCGCAGAUCAGCUGCGGGCCCCACGACCUGCUGUGGGCCACACUCUGGGAGGGCCAGGCAUUGGUCCGGGAAGGAGUCAGCAGGAACAACCCCAGAGGAAGCUCCUGGUGCGUUGUGGACCCCCCCACGGCUGAGAACGGGAUCAUGCAUGUGUCUGUGGGAGUCAGCGCGGUCUGGGCCGUGACCAAGGACCGGAAGGUGUGGUUCCGGAGAGGUGUCAACUCCCACAACCCCUGUGGCACCAGCUGGAUCAAGAUGGUGGGAGAGAUGCUCAUGGUGGAUGUGGGACUCAACGACCAGGUCUGGGGCAUUGGCUGUGAGGACCACGCUGUAUACUUCCGCCAGGGCGUCACCCAGAGCGAGCUCAGCGGGAAGACGUGGAAGGCCAUUGUGGCUGUCAGGGAGUGUGACCGCUCACACUCUGGCAGCUCCUCCAGUCUCCUCAGUGCUGGCUGCUUCUUCGGCGAUGAGGUGAGGGGUGGCGGGGAGUCCUGCCCAGCAAGUGACACAGAGGCCUCCUCAGACAUCGAGCGGCUGGGCCUCCACCAGCUUGGCCCCACAGAGCCUUUGGACAGUCCUAGGAGUCCCCCCUCCUGCGGGACCACAGAGGGAGCCGGGGAGGUCGCCGGCCUGGCCACCCAGACCUCAGGGGCCAAGCCGCACCCUGGACCUCCAGCCUCCCCUCCAGCUGAGCUUCCCUGGACCAACAUCGACCUGAAGGAGCCCAAGAGAGCGCCCAGCCCAGCCACCACUGGCUUCCCUGGCACUUCCUCUGGGUUCCCAGCCCUGGGGAUCCUCCCACUGGGCCUGGAUGAGCCCUACUGUGCGGACGAUCACCCCUUGUGGGCCUGGGUGUCUGGAGGGGCCUGUGCCGUGGAGGCUCACACCACACUCAAGUGGUUCAGCGUCCAGAUGGGCCUGUCCCCCUCGGUGCAGACACUCACCCUGGCCAUCACUCCGGCCCAGACGGCCGCCUGGCGGAAGCAGAUCUUCCAGCAGCUCACAGAGAGGACCAAGCGGGAACUGGAGAACUUCCGCCACUAUGAGCAGGCUGUGGAGCAGUCGGUGUGGGUGAAGACGGGGGCCCUGCAAUGGUGGUGUGACUGGAAGCCCCACAAGUGGGUGGACGUGCGCGUGGCCCUGGAGCAGUUCACAGGCCACGACGGUGCCCGGGACAGCAUCCUCUUCAUCUACUACGUGGUCCAGGAGGAGAAGAAGUACAUCCACGUGUUCCUCAACGAGGUGACGGCGCUGGUUCCCGUGUUCAACGAGGCCAAGCACUCCUUCUGCCUCUAUACCCCCGAGCGGACCCGGCGGAGGUGGCCCGUGCGCCUGGCUGCCGCCACCGAGCAGGACAUGAAUGACUGGCUUUCUCUGCUCAACCUGUCCUGCUGUGAGAGCCGCAGGGUCCACGGACGCCCGUCCCCUCAGGCCAUCUGGUCGGUCACCUGCAAGGGGGACAUCUUUGUGAGUGAGCCCAGCCCGGACCUGGAGGGUCCAGAGCACCCACUGCCCUGCGACCAGAUGUUCUGGCGGCAGAUGGGGGGCCACCUGCGGGUAGUAGAGGCCAACGCCCGGGGUGUGGUGUGGGGCAUUGGCUACGACCACACAGCCUGGGUGUACACUGGUGGCUACGGCGGAGGCUGCUUCCAAGGCCUAGCCAGCAGCACCAGCAACAUCUACACCCAGUCAGAUGUGAAAUCUGUCUGCAUCUACGAGAACCAGCGCUGGAACCCCGUCACAGGCUACACUGGCAGGGGGCUUCCCACUGAUCGCUACAUGUGGAGCGACGCCUUGGGCCUUCAGGAGUGCACCAAGGCUGGCACCAAGCCACCGUCCCUGCAGUGGAGCUGGGUCUCCGACUGGUCCGUGGACUUCAGUGCCCCUGGGGGCACAGACCAGGAGGGGUGGCAGUACGCCAGUGACUUCCCUGGCUCUUACCAUGGGUACAAGACCAUGAAGGACUUCGUGAGGAGGAGGUGCUGGGCCAGAAAGUGCAAGCUGGUGACCAGUGGGCCCUGGCUAGAGGUGGCCCCCAUUGCCCUGGGGGACGUGUCCAUCAUCCCCGAGAGCCCGGCGGGCACCCUGGGGGACGGGCACAGCAUCGCACUCUGGGCCGUCAGUGACAAGGGGGACGUGCUGUGUCGGCUUGGGGUGACAGAGCUCAACCCUGCGGGCUCCUCAUGGCUGCACGUGGGUACUGACCAGCCCUUCACCUCCAUCUCCAUUGGUGCCUGCCACCAGGUGUGGGCGGUCGCCAGGGACGGCUCCGCUUUCUACCGAGGCUCCGUGUCUCCCUCCCAGCCGGCCGGCGACUGCUGGUACCACAUCCCGUCACCCCCUAAGCAGAGGCUGAAGCAGGUGUCUGUGGGGCACACAUCGGUGUACGCCCUGGAUGAGAACGGGAACCUGUGGUACCGCCAAGGGGUGAUGCCCAGCUACCCUCAGGGCUCCAGCUGGGAGCACGUGUCCAACAACGUGCGCAGUGUGUCCGUGGGGCCGCUGGAUCAGGUCUGGGUGAUCGCUGACAAAGUCCAGGGCAGCCAGGGCCUGAGCCGCGGAACUGUGUGUCAUCGCACUGGAGUGCAGCCCCGAGAGCCCAAGGGGCAGGGCUGGGACUACGGCAUCGGGGGGGGCUGGGACCACAUCUCCACCCGAGGCAAUGCCACCAGGGCCCCCCAGAGGGCAUCCCAGGAGCCGCCCACCGAGCCUGCCCACCUCAGGGAGGCUGUGAAGGGCCCUGUGUGCUGCUGAGCUGCCUGGGCCAACCUGGAGGUGUUCAUCCAGCUGGCCUGAGGGGCCCAGGCUCAAGCAGAAUGUGGGGUGCAGGGGGAGUCCACCCCACCAGGACUGGAGGGGACCCACCUGACUGAGGCCACGGCAUCCCAGAGGCCCUGGCCUAAGCCACCCAGAAAUGUGAAGCGUCGUAGACAAUCCCACGCAUGUCCCGGGCCCGUGGGUGAGGGUUCCCUCAUCCCACCUCUGCUCCCCACCUAUCCAGGGCAGGGACCCUUGGGGCUUCUCCUCUGCCCUGCCGAGCCCCUGGCAUUCCCCAGACACACUAGGGGCCUGUCUACUCCUCCCCCCAAAAAAAUGACUAGAGGUCAGUGACAUUCCCAGGAUCAGAUCUCAGAGAGGACUGGCAGGAAAAGCCAAGGAGAGGGUUGUCAGGUAGGAAACACACUGGAAAUGGGGGUGCAGGAACCCACCCUCACCCCAGACAGCAGGGCCUAGCCAGGGCUGGCAGAGGGUGACAGAGACAGAACUGCCAUCGUCCCUCAGCCUGCAUUUCCCAGAAGCAUGUUGGGCGUCAGGAACUCAUUCUCCAGGUUACAGGAUGGGGCCAUGGGGGAGAGGCUGCACCCCAAGUCUGGCUGCCAGAGCUGGCCAGGAAAGCACCCCCACCACUAGGCAUCAUGUGAUGUCUCAGGAUUGCCCAGAACCUCAUCCCCUGGACACUCUGAUCAGCGCACCCCCAUGCCCAGCUGUAGGUGUGGUCAUCUUAGGGGGAUGCUUCCCAGGGGCACUGAGGGCCAUUGACAGCCACAGCUGUUGGGGUGGGACCAAGCGGAGCCCCCAGAAGCAGGAGCACCUGAAGGGUCGUCCCCUCCCUGCCGUGGGUGCAGGGGAUCAGCGGUCAGUUCCAGGCGAUGCCUUCCUUGUCAUUGUGCAUUGCCUCAGUCCUGGGGCCAGCCAGUGAUCAGCUGGGUGCACCUUGUCAAAUAAAAGUGGCCUGGGCCGGAAUAGAGCGACA